CACAAUUCAUCAACAUCACCUCCACUCGUAAACUCUCACGAUCGACACAACAGGCGCAGCAUCCGUUACAACCACACUCAAACUGCCUUCGUCCCCCAGCUCGGUCACCAUCAUCCGGCAGACGGAGGGAGAAGAGGAGGAGGAUGCAGGCGCCUGCUCAGUCGCAGUCGCAGUCGCAGUCGCAGUCUGGGGCGGGUCAGCUGGGCGGACCCAUCGGCACGCACGGCAACGUCUUGCCAGCCAGCGUGGAUCACGAUGCAGUCGGUCAUCUGCAUCCCAUCCACGCUUCAUCACCAGCAUCAGCAGCCAGGCCACUCGGCACGCUGUCAUUGAUGAGCGCAGUGGGCGGUGCCAGGAAACCUGCACCGGAUCUCGUCGUGCCCUUUGCCCUGCCAAGCGUUCAGCAGGUCAAAGAGUGGCGCAGCAGCCAGGCACAUCAUCGCAAGAGGCGCAGGCUGGAACAGAUCUGCUCCCCGUGUACAGCACACGGCAGCGUUCAGGCUUGCACUAUCCUUGCACCAUCGCCCUACCUCGAGGCAUCGUCCCGCGUCCACAUGCCGCUCCUGCCCAUUCGCACGAUGCAUCUACUUCCGGCACCACAUCCUUCGCAUCACCACCCAAAGUUGAGUUGGUGCCACUUGGUAGGGCUGAUGUUCGGGUAGGGCCUCUUGUCUUUGUCGCUUGUAAACUGUGGGAGCUCAGAGAGGAAGCA